AUGGGGCGCGACGAUGUCAUGCGCGCAUCUAAAGACAACCUCUCCGCCGACGCCUUGGACAGGCGGCUCCGGGUGCUGAUCAAAGUUCCACGUGAUCUCAGGAUCCAUGUGUGCAACAUGGAUAUUCACACUAACGGCUCCGGGACCGCGCUUGAGGCCCUCGAGGAAAACGAUCUCGGAACUCUCCUCCGAGUCCCUCACGCGGGCAACACCGACCCGGAGGUCGCGUCCGACGUGGAAGUCCCCGAAGCUCCGCGUCCCUCCAAAAGGAAAAGGGGUGCUUCCUCCAGCCCAGCCACUAAACGUGCCCGCGAAGCGCCUAGCACCGCGGCUACCCGAAAGGCGGAGGCGGAAAAGAAGCGCCUCAAACUCAUCGACACCAGCAACCGAGCUCAACCCAACAUCCACCAAUUUUUCAGAUCAUCCGGCUCCGGAAGCCAGCCCCAAAAGAUCCCCAAGAAGAAAACGAAGCCAUCUCCGGCUUCUGUGCAUGUCACACCGGAAGUGGAGGUUCCACCCAAGGCCUCUUCCUCCGCCAAGCCAGAUCCCAAGGAUGUCAUCAAACUUGAUGAUCUCCCGGAGGAACCAACUGCCAAAUCCGGCAAAGGCGAUUCCGGCAAGGGCGCGUCCUCGUCUGCACCUCCGCCUGAACAGCCUAUUGUUACCUCAGCCGAAGCUCCGGCUGAUGAAGUUGAGAAGAAGUUAUCCCUAAGUCGUGCCACUGGCACGCCCCAGACCCACCCUCGUCUCUUUCCGGUUCUGCAAAAAGUCCCCCUCUCACAGCGCCACGCGGAGAUUUCCACCAUGAUGGACCAGGUGUGGGGGCCUGCGAACACGGAGGAGCAAGAACUGAACGACCUGGAAAGUGAUCUCAAGAUUUUCUUCACCAAGCACAAGAACGUGCGCCAGAACACGCGAAAACUACACGAAGAUCUGCGCGUCCAUGUGCUGGAGCAAAUGAAAGAGAUUGAAGGGCUGCGCCAGAACGCCGAGAAUAGCCAGAAAGCUUUAUCAAUCCUGGAAACCCGCGUAAAAAAUUACGAAGAAGAAAUUGCCAAGCGCCCCACCAUCGACGCUCUUUCCGCCAAGAUCCAAGUUUUGGAGGCUGAGAAUGAGUCUCUCAAGAACUUCCUGAAAGAAUCCUCUGCGAAGGAAACCACAGAGAAGAAGGAGCUCUUGGAGAAACAUGCUCGAGACAUGGCGGAACUUGCUGAUAAGCUUAAAAAGAGCCAGCAAAGGGUUUAG